AUGGACCAAGGCGAGCCCAUCCAGUCCUUUACGGACCAGGAACUCGAAGAGCUUGCCCUUCUACGGGUUAGGGUGGGUCAGAAACCCCAAAUCCACGCAAUAAUUGUGCGCGAGGCACAGAGGAUUCUAGAUUGCCGCCUCAUCCUAGACACGGUCAACCAAUACGUCUUCUCACCUCAAUACCUACGGUUGAUGUACUACGCCCUGGAAGAAAGAUGGGCGGUCCUGUUGGACCUCAUUGAUGCACUUCGGACCCAGGAAGAACGGGACGACGAGAUGCUCGGACUGUGGCAGGAGUGA